UCAAACCGAAAGUUCCUGAAACCUAAUUUGACACCAAUAGCUAACAGCUAGCUAGCUCACGCGCAUAGCUAACUAACCACCAAGGACCUGCAGCACAAGAUUAACUGGAAAUCAUGGGCAAGCUCGCCGCUGUCCUCCUCGCCGCCUGCGCCGCCCUCCUAGCUCUCGCCGCGCCGUUGCUCGCUGGCGACCCCAGCAUGCUCCAGGACAUCUGCGCCGCCGACUACAAGUCCCUCGAGGGCCCGCUGCGGGUGAACGGGUACCCGUGCAAGAGGCCGGAGAACGUGACGGCGGAGGACUUCUUCUUCGGCGGGCUGGCGAACGCCGCCGACGUGUACGCCGGCGGCAACCCCAUGGGCUCCGUGGUGACGGCGGCGGACGUGGAGAAGGUCCCGGGGCUGAACACGCUUGGCCUGUCCAUGGCACGCGUCGACUACGCGCCGUGGGGUGGCGCCAACCCGCCGCACGCGCACCCGCGCGCCACCGAGGUCAUCUUCGUCAUCGAUGGCACCCUGGAGGUGGGCUUCGUCACCACGGCGAACCGGCUCAUCACCCAGGCCGUGCCCAGGGGCGGCAUGUUCGUGUUCCCGCGCGGCCUGAUGCACUUCGAGCGCAGCGUCGGCGAAGUGCCUGCCGUGGCCAUCUCGGCUUUCGACAGCCAGCUCCCCGGAACUCAGCCGGCGGCCGCGGCGAUGUUCGGGGCGGUGCCGACGGACGUGCUUGUGCGCGCGCUGCAGACCGACGCCGGUGUUGUGGAGCGCAUCAAGUCCAAGUUCCCGCCAAAGUAACACGACGCGCAUACGGUCUUGUCUUCCGUCUUGGUGUCGGCGCAAAAUUUGAUGCACUACUGUCGGUCAGUCUAUUACGUACGCAACAGCUACCACACGUACUACCCAUCUCUAGUAUUUAUAGGUGGAAAGCGUCUCUUUAUUUGUUCAUCGUCCACCUUGUAAUAUUUGCAACGCAUCUAAAUGUCACAAAAACAGCUGUCGGUCACACGGCCUGGUUUAGAUUCACACAAAAGUUGUGCUAAUUGUAUGACCUGCUCAAUAUUCUUAUUAAUUCCAUUACGUUAUUUUUGCUUUUCAA